AUGACCCCAAUAUUAUCACCCGGAUUCUCGUCCUCAUCGUCCCCUCUCCCACCUGCGGGAACUUCCAGGCAAGUUUCGACUAGUUCUCUGCAGACACUCGCAGACCUGUUGGUCUCAGCUUCAACCGCACAAUUAUCUGAAGCCAAUGUGGAGGUUGUUCGAGAAGAGGGUGUGCGCCAUGCCAAAUUUAAACUAGACGCUAGGCAUUACAAGAAAUCCUCAUUUUGCUUACAAGUUAUCGAAAUACUGCGAAAGCUACAUGUUCCAGGAUGGUACACCGCUCAGAUUCUGCCAGAAGACGUCAUUAUCCACAAAGUGUCUGGAGCACUGACCAACGCCGUGUUCUUCGUAUCUUGCCCAGCAAUCCCCUCUCUCAAGACACUCCUGCUUAGAGUUUACGGUCCUUCAUCGGGCUCUCUCAUUUCCAGACCACGAGAGCUCCACAUUCUCCAUGUUCUUUCUUCGCAAUACAAGAUUGGCCCUCGAGUUUAUGGCACAUUUGACAAUGGAAGGAUUGAGGAAUAUUUCAAUUCUGUGACGUUAACCCCAGAAGAUAUCCGAGAUCCGCAGACUAGCCAAUGGAUCGGAGCACGAAUGGCGGAGCUGCAUUCAGUUGACAUUGAAACUGUCUAUGGACCGACCACCCCUUCGUUAAGUCAAAGCAAUGGGUUCGAGAUAGCCGCCAACGUCUCAUCGUGGCUGGGACCAGCUCAAGAUGUACUUGAACUACCUUCAGUGACAUCGGAAACCGUUCAAGAGCUGGGGUUGGAAGAUUUCAAGAAAGAGUGGGACCGGUAUCUAUCCUGGGUGUUGCAACGACCUCACACUUUCGGAACGCGGCGAGUUUUCGCUCAUAACGAUGCACAAUACGGAAAUCUUUUGAGACUGAAAGAUGGUAACGAAGGAGUGGAUGAACAUCGCCAGAUCAUCGUCGUCGACUUCGAAUAUGCUGCGCCUAAUCCAGCAGCUUACGACAUCGCGAACCAUUUCAUUGAAUGGACAGCUAAUUAUCAUUGUUCUACACCCCACCUCCUUACGCCAUCACGUUAUCCCACAUUCGAAGAACGAAGUAACUUUUAUGCCGCAUACAUCCAUCACGCAGGAAUGUUGGCAGAAGAUCCCGUCCAGGAUGAUGCUCAACUUGAGAAAAUGAUCCAAGAUUUGGACAGGGACGUUCUUAUUUGGGCGGCUGCCUCCCAUGCCGGCUGGGCAAUCUGGGGCAUUGUUCAGGCGCGAGAAGAUAUAGAGGCAGCUGUCGCCGAACCAGAGUUUGAUUAUAUCGGUUAUGCGAAAGGAAGGAUGGCUGCCUUCCGGGCGGAUUUACGGCAAUUGGGCAUAUGA